CGAUGAUGAGCAGAAACUCAAAAUGUACAACAGUCAACUGCGACAACAACUUGGUCGACGAGGAGGUCAAGGAUGUCGGCAAAAGGAUGUUCGACAACGUUUGGCACAGUUUGCCGAAACGGCCUUGAGUGACCUAGCGCAGCUCCUGAAACCGACUAUCGAGGCCGGACCUAAUGCCGUCAAUGAUAUUCGCAGUCGAGCAACUCUGACCACGGCAAACAUCAUGAUGGCUUUUAUCUCUGCAGUAGAAGACGCACCAGUUGAGAUGUUAUCCGACGCCAUGCUGCUCACCGUCGUUCGAACUAUAGUCACAGCGUGGCUGUUCCGGUUUACCGAUGUUAAACACCAGACCAAAGCCUACUUACGCUACAUCGACAAAUACGUUCACGACUCUUAUAAGCCAGUUGAGCUUCUUCAUGUAAUGUUCGCCUUUGCGUACCAGAUUGUUGCAGAUGCUGAUGUAAUGGACACUCCACUCGAGCAGUUACAUGGAACGGCUGCAGACAUCGCUGAACGACUUACUGCAG